AUGAAGUUCGCGCUGCUGUUUGUUGCCCUGUGCGUCGCCGCCACCAUGGCCGUCCCCGUUCCGGACAGUGACGCCCAAGUACUGAAGUUCGACAGCGUGGUCAACCCGGAAAGCUACAACUACGCGUACGAGACGAGCAACGGUAUCCAGGCACAGGAGGCGGGAGAGCUGAAGAGUCUGGGCGAUGCCUCCGGUCUGAGCGUGCGCGGAUCGUACUCGUACACCGGCCCCGAUGGACAGGUCUACACUGUCACCUACCUUGCGGACGAGAACGGAUUCCAGCCGGAUGGUGCUCAUAUUCCCACAACUGCCUAA